GAAGAGUCACAGUUAGCAACGUUAGCGGUGCAGUGUUAGACUAGAUGCCCACUUCUUCUCACAUGGUUUCACAGUACUGGAGCUGGAGCAACAGGAAUAACAUCCUGGCAAAUCCCAACCUUACACCAUGGUUGUCUCAAAGUCACAAGAUGAGCAAGUGGCCCCCAGUGGCUCGAUGGGCAGAGGCACCAGCAAAAAUUACAGAACCAUCCCGUCCUUACACUCUGGAAGUCCACAAGAUUUCAGCUCCAGUGGGAAUAUUUCACCUCUCAACGCCAGUCUCAAUUAUGAGCCAGAUGAGUACACUGAGUCAGACUUUCUGCUCCCAAAUAAACUCUACGGUAGCUCUAGAUUCAGUGGGUCCAUGAGAGCAAGUGAAACAGAUGGCUCCGGUGCACCUGCUGAGACAGUCUGCUCCAUGGUGCUUCAGAUCCUGGUGCCAUUUCUCCUGGCCGGGAUUGGGACAGUUUCUGCUGGGAUGCUACUAGAUGUGGUUCAGAACUGGGACGUGUUCCAGGAAAUCACAGAGAUCCUCAUCCUGGUCCCUGCAGUGUUAGGCAUGAAGGGGAACCUGGAAAUGACUCUGGCCUCUAGACUCUCGACUGCUGUGAAUGCAGGAAAAAUGGAGCCUGCCAGGGAAAUGUGGAUGCUGAUCGUUGGGAACCUGGCGUUAAAGCAGCUGCAAGCCACAGUGCUUGGCCUUUUAGCCUCUCUGCUAGCGACUCUGUUGGGCUGGAUGGCAGAAGGAACGAUGCCCCUUCAUCACGUAAUGCUCUUGUGUUCAACCAGCGUUUCUACUGCCUUUGUAGCUUCAUUGCUGCAAGGUAUUAUUAUGGUGGGAGUGAUAAUUGGCUCCAAACGGAUGGGAAUCAACCCUGACAACGUGGCUACACCCAUGGCAGCCAGCUUUGGGGACCUCAUCACUCUCGCCUUGCUGGCCUGCUUCAGUCAGUGGUUCUACUCCUUCUUAGAUUUGUAUCCCUAUGUGUUGUACCUGGUGGAUCUGUUAUUUUUGUGCCUGAUUCCUCUUUGGGUGGUCAUCGCCUCCAAACAUCCAGCCAGUCACAUCCUGCUCCGCAUGGGCUGGGAACCAAUCAUUACAGCAAUGGUGAUCAGCAGCAUUGGGGGACUUAUUCUGGACAAGACUGUGUCAGAUCCAAACCUGGCAGGAAUCCUAGUUUAUGCUCCAGUCAUAAAUGGUGAGUUUUGA